AUGCUGCUGGGCUCCUCCACUCCACAGGACUUGUGGGACCAGGACUACGUCAAUGAUGACUCCAUCGAGGCGUUUGCGCAGGCGCUCAAAGGCGACGGCGACGGUGACGAUCUCGAACAAGUACUGAGCUCAGAGCUGGCACUGCCUCAGUCUCGAAUCUCGAGAAUCAUUUCCCGUCUGGAUUGGGCUCCCCUUCGACCUCGUGUAAAGAGGAAGGCCAAAGCCGCCACCAAACGGCUACGGAAUGAGUUCCGACUGAGCGCACUGUACCACUUAUUACGGUGGCCGUUGCUCGUGAUCAUCCUUCUCUGGAUACUCCUUUUGUGCAUCAUUUACUCAGCCAUCCGAGUGUACGUGGCUCUCUCCGAAUACUUCUUCACUUGGGUUGGUUACCAGAAGCAGCUUCGGGACCAGAUGCGGUCGCUGAAGACGUUUGGAGAAUGGAAAGCCACCGCAUUGGAGUUGGACAAUUAUCUCCGCUAUGACAAGUGGCUGUUCAACCCUCGCUUCUCCUACUACGACUACAAGACGGUUGCCCUCACCAUCAAAACCCUCCGCAAAUACCGUGAGGCUAAUAACCAUGAAGACUUGAUGAUCGUGCUACAGGGGUGUGUCAAACACAACUUUGCCGGGAUUGAGAACCGUCAGUUAUACUCCCAUCGUUAUUACGGCACCAAGAACUUGGUCGACGAAUACGUCCAGGAAGUAACGCUUUGCAUUGACAUCAUUACUUAUAGUGAAGACGUCUCCCUCCACGAUAAGCGGAAAUUCUUCAAGAUCAUCUCCAAGAACUAUGGUAAGGCUGCGUUGGUCCUUUCAGGGGGUGCGUGCUUUGCCUAUACGCAUUUCGGUAUCGUUAAGGCGUUGCUUGAACAGGACUUGCUCCCCGAUAUUAUAUCUGGCACUUCUGGUGGUGGCCUUAUUGCUGCAUUGGCGUGUACCUAUAAAAACGACGAGCUUAAGGAGUUGCUUGUUCCCGAGCUUGCCGACAAAAUCACUGCUUGUGAGGAACCAUGGUACAAGUGGAUCCCUCGCUUUUGGCGUACCGGGGCUCGCUUUGAUGCUGUGGCUUGGGCGUCUAAAUCAUGCUUCUUCUGUCGAGGUGACACUACCUUCCAAGAAGCAUUUGAGCGUACCGGCCGUAAGCUUAACAUCUCUACAGUGCCUGCCGACCCCCACUCACCCGUCAUUUUGUGCAACAACAUCACCUCUCCCAACUGUAUCAUCUGGUCGCUGUUGCUUGCCCUGGCGGCGGUGCCUGGCAUUCUCAACCCGGUGGUGUUAAUGAUGAAGAAUCGCGGCAAAGUGGGCCCGUUCCUGCUUGGUAAUAAGUGGCGCGAUGGGCUGUUGCGUACCGAUGUCCCCUUAGACGCUUUGAACUCCUACUAUAAUGUCACUUUUUCCGUGGUAUCCCAAGUGAAUCCCCAUAUCGCGUUAUUCUUCUUUGCUCCAAAAGGUACUGUGGGGCGGCCUGUGGCUCGUCGGCGCAUCUCGCGGGGUCGCUACUCGACCCUUAGAGGCGGGUUUGUUGCUACUGCCCUUGAACAAUUGCUUAAGCUUGAGAUUACCAAGUGGCUCCAGUUGAUCAAGACUUUGGACAUCUUGCCUCAUUUCCUCGAGCAAGAUUGGCUGAACAUCUGGCUCCAGAAGUUUACUGGCUCUGUCACUAUCUGGCCCCGUUUCCGGUUCAAGGACUUUUGGUACAUUUUGCUGGACCCCAAUCGUGAGCAAAUGCAACAAUUGCUUUUGAAAGGUGAACGGUCAAUGUGGCCUCGGGUGUUAUACGUGCGUAAUCGCAUGGACAUCGAAAGGGCGAUUGAACGGGGUCGUAAAGAGCUGAAGCUUUCAACGAAAAUAGCCCAUGUCAGCGGACUUGAUAGCCCCAUCUCGCCCAACGGUGGUGCCUCCGAUUUUACCUUCAACACAGUGAGAUAUGCAGAUGACCUCGAUGUCGACGUUGAAGACAGUGGUGGCAUCAACUGGGCCCCUCCUCAAGAUAACGACGUGUCAUCGUUUGACGAGAGCUAUUUUGAAGACACCGAUACCCACACCACCGACGAUGAGUCUAGUAUCAACGACGAUAGCAUGAACGGUGAGCCGGGCGAGUCGCCGGUGCGUGAUUUCAUCAACGAAGUCAUGGAAACGGACAACUCCAAGUUCCUGGAGAUCACUCAUCGUCGACACACCAUCUACUAA